GGAGGGGGGGUGAUCCUGGUAUCUGAUUGGUUGUGUCAGAAGGGUGACGCUGCUAGACGGACAGCGGACGGAGGGCAGGAGCCGUACAAGUGUUCCAGUCAUUGUCCUCGUCCGCUUCCUCGCCGGCCACACCGGAGGGCUCGUCGUUGCGGGCGUUGUUUCUUCCACCUGAGAAGCGCGAGCAGCUGCCCUAGCUGCCUCAGCCAUCACGGAGGCCACAAUGAACGGACAGCUGGACCUAAGUGGUAAGCUGAUCAUAAAGGCCCAGCUUGGGGAAGACAUCCGGAGAAUUCCCAUCCACAAUGAGGACAUCACUUACGAUGAACUGGUCUUGAUGAUGCAAAGGGUUUUUCGAGGGAAGCUCUUAACUAAUGAUGAAGUUACCAUUAAGUAUAAAGAUGAAGAUGGAGACCUUAUAACUAUUUUUGACAGCUCCGAUUUAUCGUUUGCCAUACAAUGCAGUAGGAUUUUGAAGCUGACCCUGUUUGUUAAUGGACAGCCUCGACCUCUAGAGUCCAGUCAAGUGAAGUAUCUCCGGCGGGAGUUGAUAGAGUUACGUAACAAAGUCAAUCGUCUGUUGGACUGUUUAGAGCCACCCACCGAACCUGGGAUCCCAAGUAGCAGCAUACCGGACACAGAAACUGUAGAUGGCCGAGAAGAGAAACCUGCUGCCCCUGACUCUUCAGUCAAGCCUUCUACCCAUGUUAUGGCUGCCAGUAUGUCUGCCUUUGAUCCACUGAAGAAUCCAGAGGAAAUCAACAAAAAUGUCAUGUCGGCCUUUGGACUUGCAGAGGACCACGUUUCAGGUCCACCCAGUGCUCCUGUAGAGGAACGUUCCAGUACACCAGACAGUAUUGCCUCUUCCUCCUCUGCUCAUCCUCCAGGAGUCCAGCAGCAGCAGCCAUACCAAGGAGCUCAGCAGCCAGGUCAGAUUGAAGGGCAAAUGUAUCAGCAGUAUCCACAACAGCCCGGGUAUCCAACAGCUCAAGGUCAACCUCAAGCUCAGCCCCAGCAGCAGUAUGGCAUGCAGUAUCCCGGUUACAAUCAGCAAACAGCCCAAGCGGCUCAGCAGUUCCCUGGUUACAGUCAGCAAGCUGCCCAGGCUCCUGGCUUUCAAGGCCAGCCACAGCAACUACCAGCCCAGGCCCCUCAACAGUACCCAGCUGGCUCCUACCCACCACAGACCUACACUACACAGGCAUCCCAACCUGCCGGCUAUAAUGUCCCUCCUGCUUCUCAGCCUGGAAUGGCACCAAGCCAACCAGGGAGCUAUCAGCCUAGGCCAGGAUUUACCCCUCCACCUGGUAGUACUGUAACUCCUCCUCCCAGUGGGCCUAACCCAUAUUCCCGUAACCGUGCCCCAUUUGGUCAGGGGUACGCCCAACCAGGACCUGGAUACCGAUAAAUUCACCUCCAUUACCAAGGCAAAGGCUGCUAAAUCUCUUUCCAUCCCAACAGACUUCAAUAUUAAGCUUACAAUUGUAAUCAUGCUUCAGACAGCAGAAGAAAAGCAUUUUGUGCUUUUCAGUGUUGUAUGUCUUUAGUGGAGGAGAAGACCCCAAAUCAUUAUCUUUUGCUUUUGAUUGUAUCUGCUCUCUAGUUGAAAUUUAAAUUGAAAAAAAUAAAAAUCCAAAAAGCAAGUGUUUGACAAACUAGUCAGCCUUGUCAGACCCCUGAAAAUAUAUGCUAAUGAAACCCUCACUUUUUUGACUUGUUUUUAAUGAUCUGAUGUGUCCAUAUAGAGCUCUUCUGAGUUAUAAACUAGGUAUUAUGUACACAUUCUAACACACUGAAGCCUAAUAAAAUGUUCAGCUCAUUUAA